UCUUGUGCUUCUUAUUGCGAUUGGGCCUGAAUAGAGCGAAUUGGUUACAGAGGAUUCACAUAGGGAAUCCAAACUAGUUUUGGAUUCAGAUUUAGUUGCUUAAUCGAACGAUUGAAUCACUGUUUCGAUUGGGCAGGAAUAGAAAAAGGAAAUAGGUCAAGAAUAUUACUGAUUCGUAGAGUCCAUUUUUUCUGGAAACGAAAUACUGUAUAUAUGAUUUAAACGGUGAUGUUUUAGAGAUAAUUUGAUGAUACAUAUAGCAUUCUACAUGAUGUGAUUUUACCCUGCUGUGUAUACUAACGUGUAGUUCUUAUAGUUCAAAGACAAAUAAUGGGACAUUUAUUAGAUAACAGUAUUAACCAGUUCUCUAUGAGAAAGAGAGAGAGACUUGGGGUACCUGAUGACUAUGUUGACAAAGCAAAAGUAUGAAGAAAGUUAUUGAAUUGUCAUGUGAUUCUGAUAUACCUCAGUGCAAAACAGGAUGAAGUGACUUCUUUGUUGAACUUAAACAUAUUGUUAGUAUACAUUGGGUGUUAAAGUGUUAUACUUCCUAAAUGAUGUUGAUUGGAAUGUUUGUUCCUUAAUACAAGUUGAUGCAUCUUUGGAUGACUUGAAAAGAAAAGUAGGGAAGGUUCUUGAGAAGAGGGAUUGUAUAAGUUGGCCACUUUUUGACGGAAGAAAUUCACUUUUUAUAAAUCUGUGUCGAGUUGCAGAAAAUACCUCAAGUUACGAGGGGAAGCUACUUCUGGAAAAACUUGUACUUAUGGCAUCACUUCAAGAAAGCUUGCAAAGGUUCAAGAAGCAGCAAGAGAAGUGCCAAGCUAUUACUAGUAUGGCUGCCAGAGCAGGACCUUCCAAGGGAGCUCCUCCAAGACCAGCUAAUGCAAAACCUCCUGCACCUGCAGUCAAAUUUUCAAAUGACACGGAAAGGCUCCAGCAUAUAAAUACUAUAAGGAAAGGGCCUGUUGGGUCUCAGAUGAAACGUGUCAUAGACUUGCUUCUGGAGACAAGGCAAGCUUUCACACCAGAACAGAUCAAUGAAGCAUGUUAUGUUGAUUUAAUUGGCAAUAAAGCUGUGUUUGACAGUUUGAGGAAAAACGUCAAAGUAUAUUAUGAUGGCAAUCGCUUUUCUUAUAAGUCGAAACAUGCUCUGAAAAAUAAAGAGCAACUACUUAUCUUGAUAAGAAAAUUCCCUGAGGGUAUUGCUGUUAUCGACCUCAAGGAUGCAUACCCGACUGUCAUGGAGGACCUGCAGGCUCUCAAAGGUGCUGGUCAAAUAUGGCUGCUGUCAAAUUUUGACUCCCAGGAAGACAUCGCCUUCCCAAAUGAUCCACGAGUACCCAUUAAGGUUGAUGAUGAUUUGAAACAGCUAUUCAGAGGUAUUGAAUUACCACGUGACAUGCUUGAUAUCGAAAGGGAUCUGCAGAAGAACGGGAUGAAACCUGCUACAAACACUGCAAAGAGAAGGGCAAUGGCACAAGUCCAUGGCAUUGCUCCCAAGCCCAAAACCAAAAAGAAGAAGCAUGAGAUUAGCAAGAGGACUAAGCUUACAAAUGCUCAUCUUCCAGAACUCUUCAAACUUUAGAUAUCUAUUGGUUCAUAAACUUCUCCCGAAUAGAAAAGAAGCACUGGAGUUCCUCCUCUCCUUUCCAGAUUCUGUUGUCUAGUGACUGAGCCUUAAAUACCUAAUGCUUUACCAUACGUCUAGCAUGAAGAGUUCUUUACGAAUGGUUAAAGUCUUGGUGUUCGGUUUCUAUUCACAAGGUUGUGUUUUGUUUUUACUGACCUGUUAAACUUGGGGGUGGGAAUAUGAUACUAAUAAUUUGUGAUUUUAUUACUGACUUGGGGUUUUGGACCAUCACAUUGUUAUGUUCAUGAAGAUCAACAUCAUUUUGUAUCAUAUUGUUUGAUAUCAAUAUAUAUUACGAUUAAAAUUAGUAA